CAAGGCCAUAGGCCAUGUAUCUUCAGCGUGUAAGAAUAGCUUUAUAAAUAGAUAGCCAAUUCCACAUUACCUUCACACCAAAUCCAUUCAUCCAAGUUCCAAGAUGAAGAUGAUUCACUUUCUUUUCCUCUUUGCUCUUGUCUCGUUCACUUCCCAUGCUUCUGUCAAUGAUUUCUGUGUAGCAGACCUAAAAGGUCCAGAUAGCCCUUCAGGCUAUCAGUGCAAGCCACCUAACACAGUCACAGUGGAUGACUUUGUGUUCUCUGGCUUUGUAGCUGGAAACACCACAAACACUUUCAAUGCUGCAUUAACCUCCGCAUUUGUUACUGAUUUUCCAGGUGUGAAUGGUCUUGGUGUAUCUGCGGCACGGUUAGACAUAGCCAAAGGUGGAUCAAUCCCAAUGCACACACACCCUGCUGCCACUGAACUUCUAAUAAUGGUGGAAGGUCAAAUCACUGCUGGUUUUAUGACCCCAACUGCACUUUAUACCAAGACACUGAAACCUGGAGAUAUUAUGGUUUUUCCACAAGGACAGUUGCAUUUUCAGGUUAAUUCUGGAAACGGAAAAGCCACUGCUUUUCUGGCAUUCAGUAGUGCAAACCCUGGAGCACAACUACUUGACCUUCUGUUAUUUGGCAACACCUUGCCUUCUGACUUGGUUGCACAAACUACCUUCCUUGAUGUUGCACAAGUCAAGAAACUUAAGGCUCGUUUCGGUGGCAGAGGCUAGGAAUAUUAUUGCUCAUGAAUUUAUUCCUAUCUAAUGUUUGUUGCUAUUUAUAGUCCAUAAUAAUGCCUGUGUAUGCCCUUGCCUUUUCCAUUUCGAUGUUUGGAUCAUGUACUUAAAAUUGAUUAAUCUAUGUAUUUAUAUAUUUUUCAAGAAUGAUAUCUUACUGUAUCACUUGUUAGCAAGAUGUGUUUUGUGCAGUAAAAAAAAGUCCAUUGGUAUUACUA